AUGGCUUCGAUCAAACUGCCAGAAUUCUCGAAUACCCCCGUCGACCAGAUCCCGGACAUUGUCUCGCGUGUCCGAAAGACCUUCCAUUCCCAGAAAACCCGCCCUGCAGAGUUCCGUCUUAAACAACUGCGCAAGCUGUAUUGGACGAUCGUUGACUUUGAGAAAGAGCUAAUGGAAGCAUGCCGGCGAGAUCUGGGCAAAGGCUUCUUCGAGGCCCUAGCCACGGAAAUCAACUGGGUACAGAAUGACAUUAUUUUCAUGACCAAGAACCUGGAGAAAUGGAUGAAAGAUGAAAAGCCUGCAGAUAUACCCUUGAGUAAUUGGUUCAUGAGUCCCAAGAUUCGCAAAGAUCCCCUGGGAGUGGUCCUCGUCAUCGGUGCUUUCAACUUUCCAAUUCAACUCACAUUGGGUCCCGUAAUCGGUGCGAUCUCAGCAGGAAAUACCGUGGUGCUGAAGCCUUCCGAGAACACCCCAAACUGCGCCGCGGUCAUGCAAAAGAUUGUGGAGGAGGCUCUGGAUCCUGACUGCUUCGUCUGCGUGCAGGGUGGUAUCCCGGAAACAUCAGCCUUACUCGAACAAAAAUGGGACAAGAUCUUCUUUACUGGCUCUGCGCGAACAGCUAAAAUUGUAGCACAAGCAGCUGCGAAAAGUCUUACUCCCUAUGCAUUGGAGCUGGGUGGAAAGAAUCCGGCCAUUGUCACGAAGAAAGCAGACAUGCGCUUAGCAGCCCGGCGGUUGCUAUGGGCCAAAACGCUGAAUGCUGGCCAGGUCUGCAUCAGCCAAAACUUCAUUCUGGUCGACAAAGAUGUAGCCCAGUCGCUUAUUGAAGAGUUGAAGACAGCCAUAAAGGAGUUCUUCCCAAAAGGCGCGAAGAAUAGUGAGGACUACUCUAGGAUUGUCAACAUCCAAGCAUUCAACCGCAUCAAGAAAAUGCUGGACAAUACAUCAGGCAGAAUCGUUGCCGGUGGCACAAUGGACGCUGAAGAUCUCUUCAUCGAGCCUACCGUGAUCGAAGUUACAGACCCCAAAGACUCACUGUUGGUCGAGGAGUCAUUUGGCCCUCUCAUCCCUGUCUUGCCAGUUGACAAUCUAGAUCAGGCCAUCAGUAUUGCCAAUGAAGUGCACGAAACCCCACUGGGAGUCUAUGCCUUCGGAUCCAAGGAUGAGACUGAUAAAGUUCUUGCAGGAACUCGUUCAGGUGGGGCCAGUAUCAACGAUGGUUUUUUCCACGGCACCAUACCGACCCUGGCUUUCGGCGGCGUGGGCGAUUCAGGGACAGGCGCAUAUCGCGGCAAAGCUUCAUUUGAUUGCUUCACUCAUCAACGAUCGAUCACGACGACACCGUCUUGGAUGGAGAGCAUGCUGGCAAUGAGAUAUCCCCCUUUCGCCGGCACCGACAAGCUCAAGCAGUACAACAAAAUGGCACUUCUGAAACCAGAUUUCGACCGGCAGGGCAAUAAGAAAGUCAGUUCACUCUGGUGGCUGCUAACCCUGGGUUCAGGCAGUGCUUCAAAAGGUGCGUUAAGAGCGGCGCUGUUAGCUGGAGCCGUCCUGGCGUUGAGAAUGCUGAUGGCAGGCAGAGCACUGAGAAACAGUAACGGAGAAUGGCUGAUUAUUCAGAUCAACUCCUAG